CCGUCGCCCCGCCCCGCCCUCUCCGGCUCCUCCAUCUCGUCUCGGCGGCCGCUGCUCUGCUCCACUCUUGCUCGCCCGCUCCGCCCUCGCUCCUCUGUUGCUGUCGUUGCCUCCCGCCGUCCGACAUGAAGCUGCUGCCCUCGUUGCUGCUGCUGGCGGCCGCCUGCGUGGCGAGAUCGUACGGCGAGAUCAAGGAGGAGGAGGACGUUCUCGUGCUCACGGGCGCCAACUUCGCGGAGGCCCUCAGCGCGCACCCGGCCAUUCUCGUGGAGUUCUAUGCGCCAUGGUGCGGCCACUGCAAGGCCCUGGGACCUGAGUUUGCCAAAGCGGCCGGCACACUAAAGGCCGAGGGCUCAGCUAUCCGGCUGGGCAAGGUCGACGCCACGGAGGAGACCGAGUUGGCCAAGGAGUACGGCGUGCGCGGCUACCCGACCAUCAAGUUCUUCAAGGACGGUGACGCAAAGAACGCCAAGGAGUACGCAGCUGGGCGGCAGGCGGAUGACAUCGUGAACUGGCUAAAGAAGCGCACGGGGCCCUCCGCCACCACUCUGGAUGACGCCGCUGCCACCGCCAAGUUCAUCGAGUCGGCCGAGGUGGUGGUCGUCGGCUUCUUCAAGGAUGUGGAGGCUGAGGAUGCUAAGGUGUUCCUCAAAGCGGCCGACGGAAUCGACGAUAUCGCCUUCGGCCUUGCGUCAUCAGACGACGCCUUCACGCAGUACGAGGUGUCCAAAGAAGGCGUCAUACUCUUUAAGAAGUUCGACGAGGGCCGGAACGUGUACGAGGGCGAGCUGAGCAAGGAAGGCCUGCGCAAGUUCGUCAAGUCCAACGAGCUGCCUCUACUCAUCGAGUUCACCGAGCAGACUGCUCCCAAAAUCUUCGGUGGAGACAUCAAGAGCCACAUCCUCCUCUUCGUUGGGAAGUCGUCCUCCGACUACAACGAGAGGCUCGACCAAUUCCGCGGAGCCGCCAAGGAGUUCAGGGGGGAGAUCCUCUUCAUCUACAUCGAUGUGGACAACACUGAGAACCUGCGCAUCCUGGAGUUCUUCGGGCUGAAGAAGGAGGAGUGCCCCGCAGCACGCAUCAUCAUGCUGGAGGAGGAGAUGUCCAAGUACAAACCUGACAGCAACGACCUCAGCACGGAGAACCUCAUCGCUUUCUGCAGGUCCUUCCUCAACGGGGCACUCAAGGCGCACCUCAUGAGUGAAGACAUCCCCGAGGACUGGGAUAAGAACUCCGUCAAGGUGCUCGUGGGAAAGAACUUCGAGCAGAUCGCCUUCGACGAGAGCAAGAACGUGUUCGUCGAGUUUUACGCCCCGUGGUGCGGCCACUGCAAACAGCUGGUGCCGAUCUGGGACGAGCUGGGGGACAAGUUCAAGGAGGACGACAGCGUGGUCAUCGCCAAGAUGGACUCCACCGCCAACGAGGUGGACGGCAUCAAAGUGCACAGCUUCCCCACGCUCAAGUUCUUCCCCGCCGCCGCCGGCCGCAAGGUCGUAGACUAUAACGGCGAGCGGACGCUGGACGCCUUCAUCAAAUUCCUGGAGAGCGGAGGCGAGGGUGGCGCCGGCGAGGACGAGCUGGAGGAUCUGGAGGAGGUGGAAGACGACAGUGACGACGUGGAAGCAGAGGACACCAUUAAAAAGGACGAGCUGUAGGCCCCCACGGGGCCCCCCAUUUUGUAAUGAACCACCCUGUCGUGUGUAUGUAAAUGUUAGGCCAUGGAUGUCAAAUGCAAAACCCACACCCCUCUCUUACUGUGCUGUGCUUCAACCUGUCCAGCCUAGGCCCUUAGUGCCUGGGAAUCGUCGCCACCACCACCGUCCCCCGUGACGCCGUCGACCUGGUGUCGGGUCUCUCCGUUGCUUUUCCCCCGCUGGGCUGGCAAGACGCGUCGCCAAGCCACGGUCUGGCCCCUGUGCCCACCACGUGUUUCCCCGCGUGGCGUCGGAGAUGCCUCCUUGUAAAUUAAUUCCACGGAUUGGGCGUGUGGACGCAGAGUGUCUAGAGCUCGCGGAAAAGCCUCGGCGCCCCAUCCCGUCUGCUUUAAGAGAGGAAGAAAUCCGAGUCUCUUUUUUUUAUUUGUACUGAUUUUCUGCGGGGUCUGUUUUGGGGUAUGCCUUCCACCAGGUAAUUAUAUUUUUUAUGAUUAAAUGUAAAAAUGUGAACGCUCUACGAAGUGUGGGCCACGUCUGGUGCCCGUAUCCCAAUCCGCGGCCUCCCUGGGCAUUCCCACCGAUUCUUUUCGAUUUAACAAUCCCUCAAUCCCCUCGAGCUUUCAAUCCCUUGGCCUCUGUGGUUGCCACUGCCUGUGGCUGGUUGAGUGAAACGCCGCGUGCUUCAUAUUUUGUAAACAUCUCUCUGCUUUCCCUUACAAUCGAGUGAAAGUUUAACGCGCGCGGUGUUCCACACGAUCGGCUGCUGACCCUGCUGAUGGAUCGUAGUGGAGCCCUUCUCUAGGCCCUCCAGGCGUUGUUUGGUGCCACAUAAAAACAAAUUACUGCGGAGUGGAAUGCUCCACGCAGCUCCAUAUCUGCUCCACCCCGGAGGAUGAGGUGCGGGGAAGACGCGGGCCUACAUGGAGGCAGCGUUUGGCUGCUAAUUUAACAAGUUGGACUAAUAUAAAACUCGCUUACUUACCCCGUCUCCCCGUGCUGCCCCCUCGCUCACUGCGCCUCUCUUGUAAACUUUGUAACAGCGCAGAAACUUUCUGACUAGGUUGCGGGUGUUGUGUGUUCAUUCUGGCUGUGCCGUUUGUCCAGGUGUGUUCAGGGAUGUGUGAGGGUGUGUCUUUGCGCUUGUUUGUGACUGUACCUCCGUGCUUGUACACACGUGUGUGCGUGUGUCUGUACGUGUCCCUGUCUUUGUACCAGGUGCGUCUGUGUGUGUGUGCGCGCCACAUUGGCCCGUGUGUACCCGUGCGCGUGUACAUGGCAGUAACUUGAGGCGGGUUACGUCGUUGUAGGGAGCGUGGGGGGGUUGGGGUGGGGGUCGCUGUUCGCGAUGCAAAUAAAAGGGAACAGCAACUACGA